AUGAACUUCACGUACCCAGGAAUCAAAGCAACAAAGACACAUUCCCCAUCCCGCCGGGUCGACGCACAAUUUCCUCCAGUCCCAAUAGGUGGCAGAGUGAACGAAGUCCUCCUUGCCUUCCGCAUCAUGACGAUACCAAUGGUCUUGUUUUCGGCACUCUUAUUGGGCCUAAUCUACCACUUUCGCGUCGAGCCAACCACAUCUAGCACUAGCAAUCUCAGCUUAUCGUCUCCUACGCAAGCACCAAGAUUCAUUCUUGUCACUAUCAGCGCAACUACUCUCACUACAAUAGCUUCUUGGUCGAGCACGGUGGCCCCGCUUCUGAUCGUGUGGGCACUGAUACUGGCCUCGUACCCGAUUGCUCGACAAAUACUGCUCGAAAGUCGAUGCGGCACAGUCAAUGGCCUACCAACUCCAUAUCAGUUCGCAAUCAUGACCCGGAUGAUUCGCAACGCAUCGCCAUCCUCAUUGUGGCAGUGGUUGACAUAUUACGUUGGCUGGAGAGGCCGAGACACUCAGAGUAAACCUCUCCGAGCAAUGACUUCCGUCCUUGCCCUUAGUUCGUUGCUUAGCAUCCGCCUAGUUGAACGGUGCUUGAAUGUCUCAGGCCCUUUCAUGAAUUUGUGCACAGUGAACAGAGCAGCGACUGCAACCUUCCUCUACGACAGUAAUGAGACCCUCCCUCUGCUCGUCAAUAGCCCUAAAACCUCUAUGGUGAAGGCACACACUGCUGGCAGAGAUGAGUAUGCAUACCUUGGGAUGCCGCCGCUUCCAGCACUAGAGAACAUAGAUUUCACGGCCAGGACUUACGCUGUCAAGUCAGCAUGUUCACCAGUUACCAAAGAAUGCUUUGCAGAAGAUAGAAUAUCUGGCCCAGUCGCUUUUUACAAGUGCCCUUUAACCAUGGAGGGCUCUAUCGACACAGGUCCGACGGAUACCAUAAAAUGGGCCUACUUCACAGAUUCUACCGGAGAAAAUAACAAUACUGCUGGUGGCUCUAUCCAGAACCCCUACCAUUAUGCAGCAAUCAUCAGCGUGAAUCAAAAUAUUGGGAAGAAGGCGUAUGUUAUCAAAGACCCGCAGAUGAAGUCCGGUUUGCAUGGAUCAACGCUCUUCGCUGCCUUCUGUGAGGCAACCGUAUACGACUUGGAGUACUCCUUCGUAAAUGGUAGCAUCACUCGCUUCAUCACUUCACUAAGCAACAACUCAAUGGCCAAUAUCCUUCAAGGCACCCAACAGUACACCCAAGUGGGGAGUCCAUAUGUUCUGCAAGCUGGUGCAGUGGCCGCAUACAAUAGCAAUUCAUCCACUGAGCUUGCUGAGAAAUUCGCCCUCGCAUACAGCCAAGCUGCUCUUGCAGUCUCCGUCGGCGCCGUGUUCCCAGCUGCACCCCUUGAAGCCCAACAACGACGCUCCCUCCUAGUUGCCCGAGUUCCGAAAACCCCGUUAUUCUUCCUCGUUGCUUCAAACUUGCUUCUGGUCCUUCUCGGGCUUGUACUUACGCUCCUGGCGUUGAUUGCGCUGAGGGGCGGCGAGGCCGGGGAAGUUCAAGCCCGGCUCAGCAUUGCGGCUAUAGUGGCUGCGCACUUUGAAAGGAGUAGGGGUGAGCAACCAGUAAAUAAAAUUGAAAAGCUUUUUGAGGAGAAUCGAGGAGUGCAAGGACCGCGUAUUGGGGUUGAGAGAAGUCAGAGUGGUGGAUGGAGGUUUGUGUCCAAGUGA